AUGGUGCAAAAUUAUCGUACACCCACCGUUGUGCAUGCUAGUUUAUAUACUUUAUCAGUUGGUGUCAAUUUUCCGUUGCAGGAAUUGCCAACUAAUUCACAAGCUCAACAAUAUAUAGAUAAAAAUGGACUUCUGGAUUUAAUUAAAGAUCAGAUGUUUGCAAAUACUAUUAAUGUCACCGUUUCUCCACCGGAUAUGAAGUGUCUAUUCAAAUAA